CUCUGCCGUGUUCCAGCAGCCGGUGAUCUUCCUGGGAGCCGACGUCACUCACCCACCGGCAGGAGAUGGGAAGAAACCCUCCAUCACGGCUGUGGUGGGCAGCAUGGAUGCCCACCCCAGCCGGUACUGCGCCACGGUGCGCGUGCAGCGGCCCCGCCAGGAGAUCAUCGAGGACUUGUCCUACAUGGUGAGGGAGCUGCUCAUCCAGUUCUACAAAUCCACCCGCUUCAAACCCACCAGGAUCAUCUUCUAUCGCGACGGGGUUCCCGAGGGGCAGCUCCCACAGAUCCUUCACUAUGAGCUCCUAGCGAUCCGAGACGCCUGCAUCAAACUGGAAAAGGAUUAUCAGCCUGGCAUCACCUACAUCGUGGUCCAGAAGAGGCACCACACCCGUCUCUUCUGCGCAGACAAGAACGAGAGGAUUGGGAAGAGCUGGAACAUCCCAGCAGGAACAACAGUGGAUACAAAUAUCACCCACCCCUUUGAGUUCGACUUCUACCUGUGCAGCCACGCAGGGAUUCAGGGUACGAGCCGACCGUCCCACUACUACGUGCUCUGGGAUGACAACAGGUUCACAGCAGAUGAGCUGCAGAUCCUGACGUACCAGCUGUGCCACACCUACGUGCGCUGCACCCGCUCCGUCUCCAUCCCAGCCCCUGCAUACUAUGCCCGGCUGGUGGCCUUCAGAGCACGGUACCACCUCGUGGACAAGGAGCAUGACAGUGGCGAGGGCAGCCAUAUAUCUGGACAGAGCAACGGCAGAGACCCCCAGGCCUUGGCGAAGGCUGUGCAGGUUCAUCAGGACACUUUACGUACCAUGUACUUUGCUUGAAAGCCUAACUUUUGUUACCUCACUCAAGAAAGCUUUCAGAUUUGUAGGAGCCAUACAAAAAAGGAAGCAUUGGGACACCUUGGUUUUCUUUUUUUCCAAUGAGAAAUCACUGCAGGGCAGGCAGCGUCGACUCGAGGCAGGAGACCAGCACCACGGGACAGAAAGAUCCGACACCUCUGUAGGAUUGGAAGAGAACGAUGAUUAUUUUUUUAAUUUUUUUUUCUGGCUUGCAAAAUUUUGACCUGACCAAACACGUGAAGGCAUUCAAGGAGGGGAUAAAACUCCCAGGAGGCGGAAGCAGGUUUUGAUUUUUAAGAUGCAAUACUAUAGACUCCUGACUGUGAACUGGCGGCUUUGGUCCUCCGUUGCCCACCAGGCGCUGGUAGGUAUUUUUUGUGGGGGUUGGGGGGAGGGGAUUUUUAGAGCCUUAAAACAGAAGACUAGAUUUAUAAAACUAAUAUUUUAGAAUAUGAGAUGCUUUAAUGGGUUAAGGGGAAAAA